UUCUUUGACCUUUAACGCUUCUAGUGUAGCGUCAUUUUAAAAAUGUGCUUGGUCUUAAAAUACUUUAGAUAUGCGAUGCUUGUAUAGUAGCAGUGUAUAAAUGUAAAUCAUAUUUUGUUUUUUUUGUUACGUUUAAAAUGUACAACAUCGUGAAUAUCUCGGACGGCUACUCGGCUUCUAAGCUAACAUUGUUAGCUUUUUUUUAACUAACAAAAAAUAAAAUUUAGGCCGCUGUAAAUAUGUAAAGGCGUCUGGGUGUGGUUUUAUUCCUAAAACGAACAGUGUUGCUUCUACGAACAUAAAAUAACACAAAAAUACUUGUGGGAAGGAGUAGGCCUUCUGUAUGUUAGACGAGGCGUGCUAGUUAGCUAGCAUUCAUCACACGAGGCCGUGGAUUUUAAGUUUGCAUGUAAAGAACGAAACUGCUCGAUAUUGUUAGUAAUAAAUCGUAUUGUUUUAAUAUUACUUAAUCUCACAUAAUGAGAGUUUUUUUUUUAUUUUUAUCGAAAGGUAUUCAAAUGUAUUAUUUGCUUAAGACCGGUUUGACUACGCUGGCUUUUCAGGAAAUGCUAGUGUCCCCAUUAGAAUAGAAUCAGUUUCGAUUGCACAUCAGCUCAAAGGGGCAGUGCAAGUUAAGCUCAGUCGACAGCAUUUGUGGCAUUGUUGAUUACCGCAGAAAAUGUAGACUCGCCCGAACUUUAAAACAAAAAUCGCAAUUGCAGUGAUUCAAUUACGAUGGAAAAAAUAGAAAUGUGAAGCUUUAUUUUAGAGUUUAAGUUACAUAGUCAUGGCAACGAAGUAAAAUUGCCUUUAACUUUACACAGAAAAGGUUAGUAAGUGAUUUUAUUACACUAAACUCUUAUUAAAACAUUGUUUGCGUCUUGUGACUAUACUUUUGUAACCGAGUAAUUUUUUUACGAAUUGGCCCCAUUAACCUCUAUUGUAAGUGCCUCAUUGUAAUUUAUUUUUAAAGGACGGGAUUAGUCAAAAUGUUGUGGUAAUAACAUUAUGCCACAAAUGCUGUCGAUUGAGCUUAACUUGUAUUGAACCCAGAAUAUUCCUAAAUUUCUUUCUAUCCCUUUAGACUUCACACAGUCCUUUUGUGUAGUGUUGCUGGCAACUGAAUACAGUGUUUGCUACUGUCUUUUUCAGGCUCUGUGUAAUCCAUCAACCAAAAUGGUGAAGAUCUUCGUUGGAAACCUGCCUCAGCAGGCCGAAGUAGAAGAAAUUAAGUCUCUGUUCACGCAAUAUGGAAGCGUCAGUGAGUGCGCCAUUAUCAAAAAUUUUGCUUUCGUUCACAUGAAUGAUCGCAAAAGUGCAACAAAAGCCAUCCGAAACCUGCAUUUAUACAAGCUACAUGGAACGCCCAUCAACGUUGAGGCGAGUCGGGGCAAGAACCAGGGCCCGGUGAAGCUUCACGUGGCCAAUGUGGAGAAGGGAUCCGAUGAGGAGCUCCGAGCAAUGUUCGAAGAGUAUGGUUCAGUUAGUGAAUGCGCGAUCAUCAAGAACUUUGCCUUUGUGCACAUGAGCAACUCUGAUGAGGCCAUGGAUGCAAUCAAGGGCUUGGACAACUCUGAAUUCCAAGGCAAAAGAAUUCAUGUGCAGAUUUCAAAGAGUCGACCAAGAGGGGAGGAAGAUGAUGGCGGAUACGGCCCCCCAGACAGAGGAUAUUGGCCACCCCGUUUCCCUGGUGGUCGUCCUGAGCCCCAUGGUCCUCCUAGAGGUCGCUUUGGCUACCCCCCUGGCCCCCCUCCUCCACCACCACCACCCCCCAGACGCCCCCCAUACCCAGAGCGUGCUGUAUCUGCAUACGAUCGUGAUGGCUAUGGUGUGGUCGACUAUUAUGAGAAGUAUCGUGCUCGCCCAUAUGGCGCUUCCUCAUAUGAGGACCGACGUCCAAGCGGUGUCCCCCCUCCCCCUCCGCCUCCAUCUGCCAUUAUGAGAGAGCGAUUGGCUGGCAAUGGCCUUGACCCCUAUGAGCGACGUCCCCUCCCGCCAUCCUCAUUCUUUGCCCGUGACCGCAGUCCUAUCAGACGUGCUCCACCUGCCCCUCCAGCACCCACAGGGAAUGGUUACUCAUAUGAGCGUUCACGUCUCUCUCCUCUCUCCAUGUCUCGGAACCCGAUGUACAGCAUGCCUCGGCCCAGAGACCCCUAUGCCGAGAGGGCGCCGCCUCCACCUCCUGCGCGUUACGCGUAUUAAAGUGAAUCCCUGCGCUUUUGUAACCCAAGGUGAGAAUUUAGAUUCGGGUCCCAAAACCUCCAAACUAGCUCUGAAGCAUCCUUUUAUUACAGAGCUCAGAAUUUAAUUACUGCGCUGUUCAUUCCAGUACUGCGUGUAGUGCAAGUGAUGCGUAAGUAGCAGUAAUGUAAAUUGUGUCUGGGUUGUAAUUUUAAUGACCUUUUUAUAGUCUUGAGCAAUUUUCGAGCUACACUGGCCUUCGUAUCGAAGUGUUAAUUGUAAAUAAGUGACCAUGUGGUCCAGUAAGGUACUAAGGUUUUUUAUUUUAUUUUUUUUACUUUGUAUAAUUUAAAAUAAAUGUUUUUAGAUUGGUGUUCUAACUAGGCUUGUCGUUUCAGUAAUCACAGGUAGCACCUUUUGACUCCUAUGGUUUGCUCUCUUUCCAGGUGUAAAUUAUUCCAGAUUGUCGUCGUCGUCUCCAGAUGCACGUGAUGCGAUUCGUCGUUGUCUGCCAGAGCGCGUUUCGUUCGUCUGCGCACCAUAGUGGAAGAAUUGUCGCAGACUGCACAUUCUAUAAAACAAACGCUUUUACACGCAUAAAGUUCAUUCUCAUGCUAAAUUGUUAACUCUGCAUGUCUUUUUGUUCUGUUUGUGUUUUAGUUUUUGAUAGGUAAAGCUCUAAGAGUACAAAAAAUAAGUUAACUUGGUGGUUUGGUCAAAGCUGUUAAAGAAACGUAUACAAAAAUUCUUUCAACUAAAAUUUCUAUGUAUUACUCUGUAUCUUUUUUUUUUUUUUUUUAUCUGGUUUUAGCGUACGUUUGUUAAACUGUAACAAGCGCUAUAACAAGUAACUUGAUUUAGAACAGCCCACAAUACACUUGUGUAAACUAAAUUGUUUUUUAUUAGUACUUGUUAAAGCCUGAAAUGAGCAGAUACACGUGCGCCAAGUAUAAUCAUCUCCGCUGCAGAUAAAAACUUACGUCUACUUGGGCUUCAUUAAAUGUUUUAGUUUUGAAUUUUAAAUACAGAGCAUAGUGAUUCAAGGACUGUGUACCGUUUUCUUUCAUAAGAACACUUGAUUAAACUUUUUAUAAAGACUGUAACUUGGGUGCGUCGUUUUACUUUCCUUGCAAACUUUUUUUUUUAACAUGAUUGUAAAACUUCUAAUAUUAAUAAUAUAUCGUUAUGGUGGAAUGGAACUGCUUGUGCGACGAAAUUCAAACUAGCGCCAUUAUUAGUUGUAUUUAAGUCACUAGCAUGUGCAAAUUGCUAGUCUGUGUUUAAAUUGUCAGUUUGAAGUGCUGUUUUGGCAUCACUAAUUGGAUUGACUUUCCAAUAAUUUUUUUUUUUUUUUUUUUUUUGCACCCAAUGUUUGAAGCUUUGAUUUAAGCCAGGUAAGUCCGUUGAUGGUAUUAUAUUUUUGUACCACCCAGCAUGCCCUUUAUUCACAAAAUGGUUGUUUUGAGAGCUGUACAACUAAUGCUAUACAGAUUUGUAGUCAAAGAGAACAGACUUUUCUGGUUAUACAACCUAUGUGAAACAAAUGUUUUAUUUACACUUCAUGAUGACCUCUGGUAAAAUUUGAGGGUAAGUUUUAUUUUAAAUUCAUGCACAAUUCUAUGCAUUUUCUCCCCUCCAUGUAUGAAGUUUGCAAUAAAAAUCUAUAUUUGCAA